AGUCUAGUAUCAAAACUGCAACAUCAUUCUUCCUAGUUCUUUAUUCAACCAUUAUGUUAUUUUUUGCUUUGCCAUGCUUUUCUUCUGAUCCCGACCCUCUACAAGACUUUUGUGUUGCUGACUUGAGCUCCACCACUAAUGUGAAUGGGUACUCCUGCAAGCCAGCGUCCAAGGUUACAUCAAGUGAUUUCUUCUAUAGCGGCUUGAUGAAUGAAACGAGCAUAACUAACAAUCCCUUCGGGCUUGGGGUGACACCAGGUGAUGUUACCACCUUCCCUGGGUUAAACACCCAGGGACUUUCAAUAAACCGACUCGAUCUCGCACCUGGUGGAAUUGUUCCACUUCAUUCACACCCUCGAGCAAGUGAAGCUAAUUAUAUCGUGAAAGGGGAAGUAAUUUUUGGGUUUAUCACUACUAAUAAUGUUGUGUACUCAAAGCUCAUGAAAGCUGGAGAGUUGAAUAUCAUUCCUAGAGGGCUUGUGCACUUUGCAAAGAACGUCGGACAGGAGAAGGCCUUCAUACUAGCUAUUCUCAAUAGUCAACUACCCGGAUUUGCGACAGUUCCUCUGAACCUCUUUUCUUCUAGCCCAACAAUUCCUAAUGAUAUUUUAGCUAAGAACUUCCAAGUUAAUGAGAGCGUCAUGGCUAGCAUAAAGUCGAAGUUUGGUAACUAACCAAAAUAGGCUGUCGUUCUUAGGCAUCUGUACAUGCAU